AUGGACAGUAGACCACCACUGGUUUGGCUCGUCUUUGUCCUGGUCACCAUCAUUUCCUCAGGCAACAACCCAGAAUUGGUUGCCGGAAAACCCCAUCACACUGCCUCAACCUUCCCUCACGACCAUCCUUCUCCCCGGAGACUUGCUGCUGACACCCAAGGGUUCAUAAACAUCGACUGUGGGAUAGCUCCAGGCUCAUAUUAUACUGAUGAUAAAACCCAGAUACCUUAUACUUCUGAUGCAGAUUUCACAGACGGUGGAAUCAAUUAUAAUGUUUCCAGGUCUGAAAAUCCUUCAAAGCAGCUCAUGAAUGUUAGAAGCUUCCCAGAAGGAGCCAGGAAUUGUUACACCCUAGAACCAGAAAAAGGCAAGGGUAAUAAGUAUUUGAUCAGAGCUUUCUUCAUGUAUGGGAACUAUGACUCCAAGAAUCAACUCCCAGUCUUCAAACUUUAUCUGGGUGUUGAUGAAUGGGACACUAUCAACUUCAACGAUUCAUACCAAACUGUAAGGAAGGAAAUCAUACAUGUCCCCAAAACAGAUUACAUCGAUGCGUGUCUAGUCAACAAUGGUUCUCUGCUACUCUUUAACCGAUGGGACUUUGGUUCAGAGCAAGAAAAAUUGCAAGUCAGGUACAAAGAUGAUGCUCUUGACCGCAUUUGGAACUCCUACAACAGUACUUCUUGGGAAUCCAUAACUGCAGGAUUUGAAAGCUAUGCCUACAGUGACAAUCCGUUUAAACUUCCAGGAAUAGUCAUGUCUACUGCUGCAACACCUAAAAAUGAAAGGCAACCAGUCCAGAGUAUUUACCAUCUGGCUGAAUGGCAACUUAUGGAGCGAUCUUGUGGCUCCCAAACGCUUUAG